UAAUCACAAAGCAAUUUCCAUUCACAAAGCCAACAGCAGUGUGUGCGCUAAACAUUGUGGAUACCAAAGGACUAUCAUAUCAAUCAAAUACCCAGAACUUUAAAACAAAAGUGCCUAACAAAAUGUGCGCGAAAUUCGUUUGUGUUGUGCUCGUGGCCAGCUUUGUGUGCGGCGCUUUUGCGUUGCCCUCGCAGGAUAACAGCGAAAAGGAUUUAGUCAACAUGAUCAACAAACUGGAUAAUGAAGAUUCGGUCUCACUGUUCGGCGGUCUCCGCAUCGAUCGCACGGAAGCAGGUCGCAGCUUCGGAUCUUCCAAGGGAAUUGAAUCAUUUGAGGAUCGUGCUGAACGUUAUCUGGAGACACAUGAACUGAAUCUUUCGUUCUCAGGCGAUGAACAAGAUGAGAAUGCUGAGAAUGUAUACAGCGGACGUGCCAUGGAGGAAUCACGCAGCAAGCGUAUGAAGAAGAUGCUGCUGCCACUGCUGUUGGCUUUGAAACUGAAGAAGGCUGUCGUCGUCAAGGUCAUGUUCACCAUCAUCAAGUUCAUCUCCCUGAAGGCUCUCGCCAUCUCCUUCCUUGCCCUCAUUCUGGCUGGUGCCACCUUCUUCAAGGAUCUGUUGGCCAAGAAGAAGGACCACAUCACCACUGCCUACAUCACCGGCAGCCCAUUGAACGCCGAGAUUGUGCACUCCGACUGGAACCGCAACGGUCAGGCUAGCGCCGCCGAUUUGGCCUACAACCAUUAUGGUCUGGCUCAGCCCUUCUAAGCUGAAACAACACACAUGGAGUUCACUUCACUCUCUUGCACAAUCUAUCCAUCUGUCUAUCAAACAUCAUCUAUAUUUCCCAAUACUUAUCCCCACCUUUAACUCUGCUGCACUUUCCUUACCUUUCGAAUUUCCCCACAAAGACUUCACAUUCUCUCCAUGGCUUAAUUCGUUGUAGUGUUGUAGUCAAUAAUUAUUUAGUUGUACUUAGUUAGUUAGCUGCGACAUACCAAAAAAAAAAAAACUAAAAAAAAAUGAAAAA